AUGAAGCGCAUGAAUAGCUUCAUGUCACUUCUCCUCCGAUCUGAGUCAUGUUGUUGCCGCCACCCUGAAUGUCCGCCGCGGGAAUUCUGGCUGUGGAACGACAAUAUUGGUGGCGCGCCGGUCGCCUUGGGAGACGCGGCCACCAGUGCAGAGGCCAACGAACUGCUCGAGACGAUGUUCAGGAGCGAAGCGGAUGGCGGGCUCCCCCCGGAGCGCUACGGUUUCGACCGCGCUCAAGCAUCGUCUGCUGACGUGUUCACCACGUGGGGCAUUCAGCCUGCUAGCAGUUCUUCUGAUCCUCUGUGCGCGACCCACACCGCGAAUCCUGCCGCCAUAGGCGGUGAUUCUGUUCAGCAGACGGGGUCUCCGCGCCUGGGAUUGGAAUCGGCAUCGACAGGCGACGCUACGGCUGAGCAGCACGGAAGUCAGGGCGGUGGCGUUGGCACCGCCGCCGUGGGUGAUAUUGCUGGUGCUGGUGCUAUUCUUAAUGCCGAAACUAUUGCAAAAGACGACGCGAUGGCAGAGCUGCAGCACGGGAUCCCUGGCGCUGGCGUUGCCGUCGGUGGUAUUUAUGGUGCUGAUGCCGAUUCAGGCGCUGAUGCUACUUCUAUAGUCCCUGCUGGCGCAAAAGGCGGCGCCACGGCAGAUCAGCAGCACAGAGGCCAGGGUGCUGGAGCUUUCGCUACCGUCGGUGGUAUUUAUGGUGCUGAUGCCGAUUCAGGCGCUGAUGCUACUUCUAUAGUCCCUGCUGGUGCAAAAGGCGGCGCCACGGCAGAUCAGCAGCACAGAGGCCAGGGUGCUGGAGCUUUCGCUACCGUCGGUGGUAUUUAUGGUGCUGAUGCCGAUUCAGGCGCUGAUGCUACUUCUAUAGUCCCUGCUGGUGCAAAAGGCGGCGCCACGGCAGAUCAGCAGCACAGAGGCCAGGGUGCUGGAGCUUUCGCUACCGUCGGUGGUAUUUAUGGUGCUGAUGCCGAUUCAGGCGCUGAUGCUACUUCUAUAGUCCCUGCUGGUGCAAAAGGCGGCGCCACGGCAGAUCAGCAGCACAGAGGCCAGGGUGCUGGAGCUUUCGCUACCGUCGGUGGUAUUUAUGGUGCUGAUGCUGAUUCAGGCGCUGAUGCUACUUCUAUAGUCCCUGCUGGCGCAAAAGGCGGCGCCACGGCAGAUCAGCAGCACAGAGGCCAGGGUGCUGGAGCUUUCGCUACCGUCGGUGGUAUUUAUGGUGCUGAUGCCGAUUCAGGCGCUGAUGCUACUUCUAUAGUCCCUGCUGGUGCAAAAGGCGGCGCCACGGCAGAUCAGCAGCACAGAGGCCAGGGUGCUGGAGCUUUCGCUACCGUCGGUGGUAUUUAUGGUGCUGAUGCUGAUUCAGGCGCUGAUGCUACUUCUAUAGUCCCUGCUGGCGCAAAAGGCGGCGCCACGGCAGAUCAGCAGCACAGAGGCCAGGGUGCUGGAGCUUUCGCUACCGUCGGUGGUAUUUAUGGUGCUGAUGCCGAUUCAGGCGCUGAUGCUACUUCUAUAGUCCCUGCUGGUGCAAAAGGCGGCGCCACGGCAGAUCAGCAGCACAGAGGCCAGGGUGCUGGAGCUUUCGCUACCGUCGGUGGUAUUUAUGGUGCUGAUGCCGAUUCAGGCGCUGAUGCUACUUCUAUAGUCCCUGCUGGUGCAAAAGGCGGCGCCACGGCAGAUCAGCAGCACAGAGGCCAGGGUGCUGGAGCUUCCGCUACCGUCGGUGGUAUUUAUGGUGCUGAUGCCGAUUCAGGCGCUGAUGCUACUUCUAUAGUCCCUGCUGGUGCAAAAGGCGGCGCCACGGCAGAUCAGCAGCACAGAGGCCAGGGUGCUGGAGCUUUCGCUACCGUCGGUGGUAUUUAUGGUGCUGAUGCCGAUUCAGGCGCUGAUGCUACUUCUAUAGUCCCUGCUGGUGCAAAAGGCGGCGCCACGGCAGAUCAGCAGCACAGAGGCCAGGGUGCUGGAGCUUUCGCUACCGUCGGUGGUAUUUAUGGUGCUGAUGCCGAUUCAGGCGCUGAUGCUACUUCUAUAGUCCCUGCUGGUGCAAAAGGCGGCGCCACGGCAGAUCAGCAGCACAGAGGCCAGGGUGCUGGAGCUUUCGCUACCGUCGGUGGUAUUUAUGGUGCUGAUGCCGAUUCAGGCGCUGAUGCUACUUCUAUAGUCCCUGCUGGUGCAAAAGGCGGCACCACGGCAGAUCAGCAGCACAGAGGCCAGGGUGCUGGAGCUUUCGCUACCGUCGGUGGUAUUUAUGGUGCUGAUGCCGAUUCAGGCGCUGAUGCUACUUCUAUAGUCCCUGCUGGUGCAAAAGGCGGCGCCACGGCAGAUCAGCAGCACAGAGGCCAGGGUGCUGGAGCUUUCGCUACCGUCGGUGGUAUUUAUGGUGCUGAUGCCGAUUCAGGCGCUGAUGCUACUUCUAUAGUCCCUGCUGGUGCAAAAGGCGGCGCCACGGCAGAUCAGCAGCACAGAGGCCAGGGUGCUGGAGCUUUCGCUACCGUCGGUGGUAUUUAUGGUGCUGAUGCCGAUUCAGGCGCUGAUGCUACUUCUAUAGUCCCUGCUGGUGCAAAAGGCGGCGCCACGGCAGAUCAGCAGCACAGAGGCCAGGGUGCUGGAGCUUUCGCUACCGUCGGUGGUAUUUAUGGUGCUGAUGCCGAUUCAGGCGCUGAUGCUACUUCUAUAGUCCCUGCUGGUGCAAAAGGCGGCGCCACGGCAGAUCAGCAGCACAGAGGCCAGGGUGCUGGAGCUUUCGCUACCGUCGGUGGUAUUUAUGGUGCUGAUGCUGAUUCAGGCGCUGAUGCUACUUCUAUAGUCCCUGCUGGCGCAAAAGGCGGCGCCACGGCAGAUCAGCAGCACAGAGGCCAGGGUGCUGGAGCUUUCGCUACCGUCGGUGGUAUUUAUGGUGCUGAUGCCGAUUCAGGCGCUGAUGCUACUUCUAUAGUCCCUGCUGGUGCAAAAGGCGGCGCCACGGCAGAUCAGCAGCACAGAGGCCAGGGUGCUGGAGCUUUCGCUACCGUCGGUGGUAUUUAUGGUGCUGAUGCUGAUUCAGGCGCUGAUGCUACUUCUAUAGUCCCUGCUGGCGCAAAAGGCGGCGCCACGGCAGAUCAGCAACACAGAGGCCAGGGUGCUGGAGCUUUCGCUACCGUUGGUGGUAUUUAUGGUGCUGAUGCCGAUUCAGGCGCUGAUGCUACUUCUAUAGUCCCUGCUGGUGCAAAAGGCGGCGCCACGGCAGAUCAGCAGCACAGAGGCCAGGGUGCUGGAGCUUUCGCUACCGUCGGUGGUAUUUAUGGUGCUGAUGCUGAUUCAGGCGCUGAUGCUACUUCUAUAGUCCCUGCUGGCGCAAAAGGCGGCGCCACGGCAGAUCAGCAGCACAGAGGCCAGGGUGCUGGAGCUUUCGCUACCGUCGGUGGUAUUUAUGGUGCUGAUGCCGAUUCAGGCGCUGAUGCUACUUCUAUAGUCCCUGCUGGUGCAAAAGGCGGCGCCACGGCAGAUCAGCAGCACAGAGGCCAGGGUGCUGGAGCUUUCGCUACCAUCGGUGGUAUUUAUGGUGCUGAUGCCGAUUCAGGCGCUGAUGCUACUUCUAUAGUCCCUGCUGGUGCAAAAGGCGGCGCCACGACAGAUCAGCAGCACAGAGGCCAGGGUGCUGGAGCUUUCGCUACCGUCGUUGGUAUUUAUGGUGCUGAUGCCGAUUCAGGCGCUGAUGCUACUUCUAUAGUCCCUGCUGGUGCAAAAGGCGGCGCCACGGCAGAUCAGCAGCACAGAGGCCAGGGUGCUGGAGCUUUCGCUACCGUCGGUGGUAUUUAUGGUGCUGAUGCUGAUUCAGGCGCUGAUGCUACUUCUAUAGUCCCUGCUGGUGCAAAAGGCGGCGCCACGGCAGAUCAGCAGCACAGAGGCCAGGGUGCUGGAGCUUUCGCUACCGUCGGUGGUAUUUAUGGUGCUGAUGCCGAUUCAGGCGCUGAUGCUACUUCUAUAGUCCCUGCUGGUGCAAAAGGCGGCGCCAUGGCAGAUCAGCAGCACAGAGGCCAGGGUGCUGGAGCUUUCGCUACCGUCGGUGGUAUUUAUGGUGCUGAUGCCGAUUCAGGCGCUGAUGCUACUUCUAUAGUCCCUGCUGGUGCAAAAGGCGGCGCCACGGCAGAUCAGCAGCACAGAGGCCAGGGUGCUGGAGCUUUCGCUACCGUCGGUGGUAUUUAUGGUGCUGAUGCCGAUUCAGGCGCUGAUGCUACUUCUAUAGUCCCUGCUGGUGCAAAAGGCGGCGCCACGGCAGAUCAGCAGCACAGGAGCCAGGGUGCUGGAGCUUUCGCUACCGUCGGUGGUAUUGCUGGUACUGAUGCGUUCGAAGCUGAGGCCGUUGCUGUUCAUAAUGCCAAUGCGCAUGCAAAAGGCGGCGCCACGGCAGAUCAGCAGCACAGGAGCCAGGGUGCUGGAGCUGGCGCUGCCGUUGGAGGCUCUAAUGGUGCUGGUGAUGGCGGUACGGGGCUGAACAUCGCAGAACCGGUGUAG